UUUCCAUAGAGACAGUGGUCGAGCCAAGCUGCAGCAGAGACGAGUGAAUCCACAUCAAGACCAUGUCUCAGUUCUCAGCUGAGGCUGAGGCUGAACUUCAGUCUCUGUUGAGGCAACUUCUAAAAAGCAUCAAAGACAGAAUCUCUGGUGCACCAUCCAUUGAAUGUGCAGAGGAAAUCUUGCUUCAUCUGGAGGAGACAGACAAGAACUUCCAUAAUUAUGAAUUUGUUAAGUACCUGCGGCAGUAUGUGGAAAGCUCUCUGGGAGCAGUCAUCGAGGAGGAGACAGAGAGCUGUGCCCGAGGAGAGGGAUAUGCUGUUGGGUCUGUUCAGGACACCUUGGUCCAUGCUGUUACAAGGAAGACUAGAGAAUCUGGAGAAUACAAGCAAAUGAUGCAGACAUUGAAGAACACGAUGAUGGUAGUCGUUGAAUCCUUGAUUAAUAAAUUUGAAGAGGACCAACUGAGAAAGGAGGAGAUGCACAGGGAGAGCCAACAUCAGCAGUCAAACAGCCAUUACACAGACAACUGCUCUGACAGUGAUUCAUCCUUCAAUCAGAGUUAUGCAUUUAUCAAACAAGAACAGCUGCAAGUUCUAGCUGAAAAGCUUGACCCUAGUAGGCCUAAAGAGGUGCGCUGGGAGGCCCUGCAGGCUCUGUGCUGUGCCCCGCCCUCGGAUGUGCUAAGCUGUGAGAGUUGGAGUGGCCUGCGCAGGAACCUCUCUGCUGCCUUGGCUGACCCAGACCCUGACCUCAGUGAUAAGGUCCUGCGCUUUUUUGCAAAAACAUUCUCCUGUUCGCCACUGAAUGUAACAAGGGAGAUCUACACCAGUUUAGCCAAAAGUCUGGAGUCUGACUUCCUGUACCAUAAAUUGAGCCUCCCUACUGGAUCAGCGGGGAUUGAUGUAAACAGACAGGACAUUACCCGUCUCCUAAAACAAAUGCGAUUAAUGAAUGAUUUUCAGAAGGAAGUAACAACCUUUUGGAUUCGGCACCCAGAGAAGUACAUGGAGGAGAUAAUAGAGAGUACUUUCUCCCUCCUGUCCAUAAACCCUGAACACGGGUUAGAGACACAAGGGUCAGAGAAAGCCUUGAAGCCCAUGCACCUCAUUGCCUUACUGGAUAUCAAAGCCACCUGGUUUAAGAAGUGGAUGCAUGGUUACUACAGCAGGACCGUGGUCUUUAGGCUCCUGGAGAGGAAGUACAAGUCUCUGAUUGUGGCAGCUCUUCAGCAGUGCAUUCAUUAUUAUGACUCCUGUGACCCAGUCAGAGAUGAGACGGCUGAGGUCAUCCACUCUAUGGAGCACCAGCACAUCGGCACUGCUCAAAGGACUCUCUACACUACCAAGGAGCUGGAAUAUAUGUAUUUCGUUCACUCAUUAUGUGUGCUUGGAAGGCUUCUCAUGUACACUAAUGGGAGAAAGCUCUUUCCCGUCACAGUGUGGAAACGCAAAGAUCCAGUCAGUCUGACAGACUUGGUUGUCAUUCUGAUUAGCAUCAUGUACCAACACCCCAAGCCUCCUCACAGUGACUCAUCACAUGCAGACACUCUCUCUCCCACCACUCUUGUAAUGGAGUUGCUGAGGACCCUGGGUGACCGCACAGAGUGUGCAGUAGAGUGCCUUUACCAAACCCCUGUCAUAGAGACACUGCUGGCACCCAUCAUCACCCUGCUCAAAGGAAAACAGGCUAAAUUAAACUCCCCAGAAACUACAUUGAUUCAUAUAGCAGACACUCUCGCAAGAAUUGCCACCACUGAGCGAGGAUUAUCACUUUUCUUAUAUGAAAGAAAUCUAGUUUCUGGUGAGGGGGAAGGUAUUUCAGCUGCCCAUGUAAUCGUUCAGUUCACCCAGAGGCUCCUGGCUAAAGAGCUGCCAUUGUUACGGAAUGCAGAGACAUCCUAUGGCGUGAGCGGGGCCUUCAUCUUCGUGUGUCGGCAGAUGUACAACACAUGUGAAGGACUGCAGGUGCUCAGGCCCUAUGGCCUGCAUGAGUGCAUCGCUGCAGCUUGGAAAAAGACAAGCUCCCUGUCAGAAAGAGUUCCCACCCCGGUUCCCGGAGCCAUCCCCGGCACGUCCUCUCAGGAGCUGCAGAAUGUAGUGGUUUGGGAGGAGACUUUGCUGGACAACCUGCUGAACUUCGCUGCCACACCGAAAGGCCUGCUGCUCCUCCAGCAGACUGGAGCCAUCAAUGAGUGUGUCACCUACAUGUUCUCCAGGUUUACCAAGAAACUACAGGUCAGCCGAUGUGAGAAGUUUGGCUACGGUGUGAUGGUAACACAGGUAGCAGCAACAGCCCCCGGUGUGGUGGCUUUACACAGUUCUGGUUUUGUGCAGGCCUUAGUGUUGGAGAUAUGGUCGGUUCUGGAGUGUGGGAGAGAGGAUGUGAGGGUCGUUCACCCCAAGUCCACCCCCAUGGACCCCAUUGACAGGAGCUGUCUGAAGUCGUUCCUGUCCUUGGUCAACCUGCUGUCCUCCCAUGCAGUGUGGGAGCUCCUGGGACAGCAGCCUCUGCCCAACAAGGCUGAGUACAACCUAAGGGAGAUGCCCACAUCCAUUACAGAUUUGAUUGAUAGGCUGAUUGCUGUGAACUCAGAUGUGAAAAUUCAUUCACUGUUCAACUACGAGCAAUCUCACACGUUUGGCCUGAGAUUACUUAGUGUGAUGUGCUGCAACCUAGACUCCCUCCUUCUUCUGGAGUCACAGUACAACAUUUCCGACAUGUUGCUGCAAUGUCAGAAGGACAACAUCACCGAUCCAUCGUCCGGUGAAGGAGAUUUCAUCAUUGAUGGUCUAUCUGUGGAGAGGAACCACAUCCUGGUGCGUAUGAGUGUGAUUGGAGGACCAUCGGAGAGGAGACUUCCCCUUAGGGUCCUCCAGAAGGGCACUGACCCUUAUCCAUGGCCGAUGUUUUCAUCAUACCCUCUGCCCAAGUAUUACAUAUUGAAUCUUCCAGAGACAACCCGGUGUAAACAGGACUGUGAGAUAAGUGCCUUCCUGUCCUCCACCAAGAACACGGAGAGGGAUGGGAGCUGGAUGGAUACCUGUAGGAGACAGUACUGCAAAGUCAUGACCACCAAGUCCAACAUUGUCUCAGGGAACGUCCUGGCUGAUCUACUGGAGAAGGCUGUGUCGUACCUUUCUGCUUUGCCAUCAGAACGUUUCUUCCCACCUGCGGACUACAUAGCGUCGGGGAGCGGCAUAAAGACUGGCAGCCUGUCGUCUGUGGACCAGCUGGGGAUUCGGGCCUCUCUCAGGUAUGGGAGACAUCUGAACUUACUGAGGGAUAACUCUGAGCAUGACCUCUGUCUUUUGAUGAAGCAUUGCCAAGAGCUCCUAUCUCAACAGAGAGCCAAACUCACGUCGGAGCUUUACACUCUGCAGGGAGCCUACCCCGGUCAUGACUGGUUCGCCUCCACCGUGUUCCUCAUCAUGGCUGGAGACAUGGAGAGAGCACUCCGCCUCCUCCUCCACCUCUCCACCCUGCUCACAUCAGCCUUCCUCUGGCCCGCCAGGCUCCACGGAUCGGUUCACCUGCCCAUGGAGAUUGCUCAGUCUAGCAUCCAUCCGGUCUACUCAUGCACAGCACACUAUGUCGAGAUGCUGCUGAAGACUGAAGUGCCUCUAGUUUUCUCUGCCUUCAGGAUGUCCGGUUUUACCCCCUCCCAGAUGUGUGUGCAGUGGCUAGGCCAGUGUUUCUGGAACUACCUGGACUGGUCUGAGAUCUGCCACUACGUGUCCACCUGUGUGGUGAUGGGGCCGGACUACCAGGUGUACAUGUGUGUGGCUGUGCUGAAACACCUGCAGCAGGACAUCCUGCAGCACACACAGACCCAGGACCUGCAGGUCUUCCUCAAGGAGGAACCCAUCCAAGGCUUCAGAGUGAGUAAUUACCUUGAGUACAUGGAGGGUCUGGAGCGCAGUUACAGAACAAUGGUACUGACAGACAUGAACAAUAUCUCCCAGAGAGUCAGCUAGCAGUGAUAAGACACACAAUAGUCUCCACUCAUCAGGCUGCACUGGGACUGGUUAUAACAAGGUAAAGGAUUCUCAAGAAGGGUUUAACAUUUGAUAUUGUGUAUGCUCUCUGUAAAUGUUUUUAUUUUUUAACCUCUAAGAUCUGAUAUUUCUCGCCGUAUUUAAAGAUGUACAGUGGCAUAUAAUGUAUGUAUGCCAUAUUAUUUAACAGAGUGUACAGUGGCAUAUAAUGUAUGUAUGCCAUAUUAUUUAACAGAUUGUACAGUGGCAUAUAAUGUAUGUAUGCCAUAUUAUUUAACAGAUUGUACAGUGGCAUAUAAUGUAUGUAUGCCAUAUUAUUUAACAGAUUGAGAAUGUUAUGAAAUACAUGGUAAUUAACUUCUUGCUUGACGUACUUUCUUGUCUAUUUACAUCUUCAUGGAUCUUCUUGAAAUGUUAUGAUCAUUCUCUAUAUUAAUCCAACCUUAAGGGCAUAAUGAUAUUUACCUGUAAACCUACUGACCUCUCCUAUCCGAUGCAGCCCCUACUAAUACCUCCACUAGACAAUAUGAUGACUGUUUGUUCACACCUUUUAAUUCCACUUCUACUCGUCAAUGCAUUACAGAUCAUAAGCUCCUAACCGUAAUGGGAGGUAUAUGGUCUGUGUACGUGCCACAAGUGUCGCUCACCAAGUGUAUCUAUGUUGUGGGUCCAAUCUCCUCAUUGAGAGGCAGCGUGUUGUUGUCACAAGUCUUAGUAAACAGCCCAUCUCUCUCUCUUUCAGCUGAACCAUCUGAUACGAACGCCUCUGAAUAAUGAAUGAGAUCGUUAAAGCCUUUAGUAGCUCCAACACGACUGUUAAAUAUUAUAUACUGUUUACCAUCUACGUAGGGCAGAGGUCGAUAGAAGAGAUAGAAAUCAGUGCCACAAAAUGUUUACCCGAUAAGCACUUGAAGUGAGGUUUUAAAAUGAGUUUGACUUUUAUUCAUUUAUCUUUGAUCUCCAUGUGUUAAAUAAAAUUGAACAUUCAGUCUA